GUAGUAUACUUCUGUUCAUCUUGCGGGAAACAAAAUCUGAGAAAACAAAACUAACUUCAUUUUCUGUUUACCUUCAGUCGAAUAAACAAAUCAUUUCCUUCUGCAUUUAAACUCCGAUCCAUUCCGAAGCACCUACAAUGUCUUGUUGCAUAUUCAAGGACUGCUACAACCGGCCAAGGCCAUUCUCGAAGCUGACGUUCUUCAACGUCCCGAAGGACAACCGACGAGGAAUAUGGCUCGCGUUGUCCGGCAAUGAGGACGUUGAAGACCUACCGCUGAAUUCGAGACGAGCUGUUUGCGAGAUACAUUUCAGUGAAAAGUACCUCCGGAGACAGUUUCAAAGAACGACGCUGAGCCGAGAUGCUAUCCCGUUGAAUUUCAACAUACGCAAGGACACACCGCGCGUUGCUGUUCCCAAAGUUUCGAUUGGGGUAAGAAUCGGAAUGCUGGAUACUUACCAUGAGGUGCCCGAUUCAAGUUCUGAAACAAAUCCAGCAGAUCUGGAGAGCGAAUUCACAUUCGGUGAGGGGUAUUUCACUGGCCAGCGAAAUUCUUCAGAGAAUAACUUUUCAGCAAGAGAUCAAGCUGAACAAGACGACGACGACGACGACGACGAUUCGAUGCAGGAAGACUCGUUUUCGCAAAAUGAUGAAUCUAACAAACGGAAGCUAGAUAAACGUGUAGAUGAUUCGACGCCAGCUGCAGGCAGUUCUACAGCCAAGCAAGCAAGAAGACUUGCUGAAGCCGAAGACCAUGAACCACCACAAGCGAUGACUCAACAUUGUACGAAAGAUUCAUCUGAUCGAAUAUCAGAAGAGGAGCAUUAUGCCCUUUCACUUGUUGGUCCGUUACAGAGACUACCGCCAAACAAACGAGCUGUCGCAAAAGUGAAAAUACUAAGCUAUCUCACACAGUUGGAAUGUGGCAUGGAUGUUGAAUUGUGAAUAAUCAUCAAUUUGCCCAUUGAGAGCAAGAUUUCCAAAACACGAAACAUACUUAUGUUGAGAUUUGUAAAAUGUUUCAACGAUAUAUUUUGCGAACAUUCAACUCGCAUUCAUGAAAUCACUAUCAGUUUCAUAAUCUUCAGGUAUAUGAUACAACACUUGUUUGUUCUAAUAUUCAAUGCAUUUUUUUAAUUUCUUUUCCACAUGUUUUUUUCAAUAUAUAAUAUGCAAUCAACAUAAAUCAA